AUGUUAGCUGUAGAUAAAACUAUAACGAUACAUAAGGUAGGAUAUAGAUCUGCUUAUGUUUCUGGCGAGACGCCUGGGCUUAUACUUGAAUCUCCAUAUCGUUUGGGAGAUGCGCUUAAUGGUGUAGAUGGACUAGACAUCAAUGUGGAGAAGAAGAUUAUCGAAGAAAAACUUAAAGAACUUAGCGCUGAUGAAACAUCUACAGAUAAAUCUAUUACAUUAGCCAUGAAAGAUUUGGGCAUUGAAAGGGCAAACAAAUUUGGUUGGCCAAAUACGUAUGUUUUUACGAAGGCAUUAGGAGAAAUGGUUCUUGGGCAUUUGAAAGGAGAUAUGCCUUUGGUCAUUCUUCGCCCAACCAUCAUCCUUAGCACGUAUAAAGAACCCUUUCCUGGUUGGAUCGAAGGCAUAAGGACAAUCGACAGCUUGGCAGUCGGCUAUGGCAAAGGAAGGUUAGCAUGUUUCCUCGGCGAUCCUGAAUCAACAAUCGAUGUGAUACCAGCAGACAUGGUGGCGAAUGCUAUGAUUGCGACAAUGGCAGCUCAUGCAAACCAACCUGGUGAAACAAUCUAUCAUGUUGGAUCUUCCGUAUCAAAUCCUUUGAAGUAUAAAGGAAUUCAAAAAAGUGGGUAUAAUUAUUUUUCCAAGAAUCCAUGGAUUAACAAAGAUGGGACACCAGUUAUUGUUAGCGAGGUUAAAGUGUUGAGCUCAAUGGAUAGCUUUCGUAGAUACUUUAAUCUUCGUUACUUGCUUCCACUACAGGGUUUGCAAGUGGUGAAUUCGGCGUUAUGUCAUGCUUUUAGUGGAACCUAUUCGGAUCUUAAAAGAAAGAUCAACUUUGUGCUACGGGUGGUGGAGUUAUACAAACCCUAUUUGUUCUCCAAAAGCUUCAUUUCAAUAGUCUCAGCGGAUUUCAACAAUGAGUUUGAUAUCACUUGGGGUGAUGGCCGAGGUAAAAUACUAAAUGGCGAACUCUUAACCCUUUCCCUCGAUAAAUCAUCUGGCUCAGGCUUUGAGUCAAGAAACGAGUAUCUGUUUGGCAAGAUUGAUAUGCAGCUGAAGCUGGUUCCCGGUAACUCCGCAGGCACAGUCACUGCCUACUAUUUGUCUUCAAAAGGAUCGAACUGGGAUGAGAUCGACUUUGAGUUCCUGGGUAACUUGAGUGGUGAUCCCUAUAUUCUUCAUACAAAUGUAUUCAGUCAAGGCAAAGGCAACAGAGAACAGCAAUUCUACCUGUGGUUCGAUCCAACUGCUGAUUUCCACACUUAUUCCAUCCUUUGGAACCCUCAACGAAUCAUAUUUUCUGUUGAUGGAACACCCAUUAGAGAGUUCAAGAAUUCCGAAUCUAUUGGAGUUCCGUUUCCAAAAAAUCAGCCCAUGAGAAUACACUCUAGCUUAUGGAAUGCUGAUGAUUGGGCGACCAGGGGUGGGUUGGUUAAAACCGACUGGAGUCAAGCCCCGUUCACGGCAUCCUACAGAAACUUUAGGGCCGAUGCUUGUGUGGUGUCUUCUGGGAAAUCGUCUUGUGGUAGUUCUGCAUCUUCCGGUGGCAAUCAGGCAUGGCUAUCGGAGGAGUUGGAUAACACAAAGCAGGAAAGGUUACAAUGGGUGCAGAAGAAUUACAUGAUAUACAACUACUGCUCAGAUUCCAAGAGGUUUCCUCAAGGGUUUCCUCCGGAAUGCAAAGUGGCAUAAGAAGUUUUCUGUUAUACACUGAUACGCUGGACCUACGUAUAUAUUCUUCUAUGUAUUUAGUGCU